AUGGUCCAAAGAGAUCCUGAUGUACUCAACUUGCUGUCACUACUGAGAGAGGUGCUGUGUGAGGGAUUACCGAACCUCACCCCCGUCCAUCGACAUGACUUCACCAGGUAUCUCACAGACACCUGCAUCACACGGCGGAAGCUUUUCCAGGCGGUGGUCGAUGGAGCUGCUAACGUGUCUGUCACUCAGCUACACUUGGAGGUGGAACUGCCAGCCACACCCCCUCCCUUAGCAAAGGGCGUCGAUCUGCAAGAGUGGGAAAGUCAGCAGCAUGAAGCAAGUCUCACUUCAACCUUGGAGCAGAAGGAAAAUGAGCUGAGGUGUUUGAGACAGGGGUCACGGGUCAGUCUGGAGGACAUCACUCUUCCAGAGGAUAAGCAUCUGGAUAAACAGGGCAUUGUGGAGUUGGUUCGUGCAGCAGUGAGGGCUACCGAGAGCCAGAUAGUGGCAAGCCUAGUCCAAGAGGCCGAUCUGCUCAGUGAGAUCCUGCAGCUGAAACUGCAGCAGGGGGCUCUGGCCACUGGGAGGCACAACAAUACUUCUCCUACCAAUACAGAGACAACUGCAAAGGUACAAACUGCCAAAACUAAAACAGGAGGGAUGGCGUCUGGAAAAGCAGAGAGCAGGAAGUCAGUGAAUAAACAUGAUCAGAAGUAAGAAUGUUGAACCAUUUAGUAACAGUCACAGUUUCAGCUAACUGUGUUACUUUUGGAUGCUCAAGCUUGUAUUAUCAUUAUUAUUUUUAUUACUGCACUUCUUAUAUUUAUAAUUUGAAGAUUUCUGUAUUUCAAAUGUAUCCCUUAACACUUGUUAUGUCAUAUUUGAUACAUGAGUUUGUGAGUUUUUAAACUUCUACAUGAUCGGUGUAAUCCCACUCUCCUCAAAAAAACUGAAUAAGUUGCACAUUUUUAGCAACAAAUUGCAAAAAAGAAACCUGGAUGUAAUGAAUACACAUUAAACAAAUGAAAACUCAUAUGUGCAAAUAUAUGAGCCCAUAUAUAUGUGGGGUUUUUUGUUCUUCCCAUGUACUGUGGCUUCCUCCCACAGUCUAGAG